GUGGUUGAAUUUGAGUUUCGGUUUGCCUACUGAUGAGAAAGGAAUUCCUGUAAAAUAGGAUAGGCUUUUCUCUGAUAUUAUGCACCAUUGAAUUUGCUUUGAAAAUGUGCUUAUAAGAUCCUAUAUGUCUUAAAAUGGUGAGUGAGAGAGAGAGUGAGAUAUGCCUCUCUAAGUUCUCCCAAACACUUCAAACAACCAUGGCUGCUGCUUCACCAGUUGAGGCCUGCACAGCAGAAGAAAUGCUGGACCCUGAGCAGAAUGGCAGGGCUGAACGGGUGCAGUGGGUGCUGAAUGCUCCUGAGCCACCAGGCCUGUGGCAAGAACUCAUGGACUCAAUAAGGGAAACUGCUUUCCCUCAUGGAAACAAUUUCCUAUCUCUCCAAAAGCAGCCUACUACUCAUGCCAUUUCAGUCCUGCAGGGCAUAUUUCCUAUCCUUCAAUGGUGCAGAAACUACAAGGCAACCAAAUUUAAGAAGGAUUUAAUGGCGGGUUUAACUCUUGCAAGCUUGUCCAUUCCUCAGAGUAUUGGAUAUGCAACUUUGGCCAAGCUUGAUCCUCAAUUCGGACUCUAUACAAGUGCUAUUCCACCACUCAUUUAUGCUUUAAUGGGGACUUCAAGAGAGAUAGCAAUUGGACCAGUGGCUGUGGUUUCUCUGUUGAUCUCUUCAAUGGUUCCGAAACUUGAAGAUCCUGUAGAUAAUCCAAUUGCCUACAGAAAGCUUGUGUUUACUGCAACCUUUCUUGCAGGUAUCUUUCAAGCUGCUUUUGCACUGCUAAGGCUGGGUUUUCUUGUGGAUUUUCUUUCCCAUGCUGCUCUGGUUGGGUUCAUGGCGGGUGCAGCUGUUGUCAUCGGUCUUCAACAACUGAAGGGACUGCUUGGGAUCACUCACUUCACAAACAAAACUGAUGUCAUCUCUGUUCUGGAAGCUGUUUGGAGAUCAUUUCAUCAUACUUGGAGUCCCUACAAUUUUAUCCUCGGCUGCUCCUUCCUGAGCUUUAUUCUAAUUACCAGAUUUGUGGGAAGAAGGAACAAGAAACUGUUCUGGUUGCCAGCCAUUGCUCCUCUAGUGUCUGUUAUUUUAUCAACACUGAUAGUUUUUCUCACAAGAGCUGAUAAACAUGGAGUUAAGGUAGUGAAACACAUCAAGGGAGGCUUGAAUCCAAGCUCAGUUCAUCAGCUACAGUUCACUGGUCCACAUACUGGAGAGAUAGCCAAAAUUGGGCUGAUUGUGGCCAUUAUUGCACUUACAGAAGCCAUUGCAGUUGGCCGGUCUUUUGCAUCCAUAAAAGGAUACCAUCUGGAUGGAAACAAAGAAAUGGUUGCUCUGGGCAUCAUGAACAUUGCAGGAUCUCUGACUUCUUGCUAUGUUGCAACAGGUUCAUUCUCACGCUCUGCGGUAAAUUUCAGUGCUGGUUGUGAAACUGCCAUUUCCAACAUUGUGAUGGCCAUCACUGUGUUGAUAUCUUUGCAAUUCUUCACAAAGCUCUUGUAUUUCACUCCAACUGCAAUCCUUGCUUCAAUUAUUCUUUCUGCUAUUCCGGGACUCAUUGACAUCAGUGAAGCUUACAAAAUAUGGAAGGUGGACAAGUUGGAUUUCCUAGCUUGCAUUGGAGCAUUCUUGGGGGUUCUGUUUGGUUCCGUGGAAAUCGGUCUUCUAGUUGCGUUAACAAUAUCAUUUGCAAAGAUCAUACUUAAUGCAAUUAGACCAGGCAUUGAAACUCUGGGAAGACUUCCAGGAACCAAUAUGUUCUGUGAUGUAGAUCAAUAUCCCAUGGCUAUUACAAGCCCUGGAGUUCUGAUCGUCCGUGUCAAGUCUGCCCUCCUUUGUUUCGCAAAUGCCAAUUUUGUUAGAGAAAGGAUUAUGAUGUGGGUGACUGAGGAAGCAGAGGACAAUAAGGGAAGUGCAAAAGGGAGGAAUCAACUAGUAGUUCUUGACAUGUCCAACUUGAUGAACAUCGACACCUCGGGAAUUGCUUCUCUGGAGGAGGUGCACAAGCAACUGGUCUCACAAGGAAUGGAGCUAGCCAUAGCCAACCCCAGGUGGCAAGUGAUUCACAAGCUAAAGCUAGCAAAGUUUGUGAACAAAAUUGGAGGAAGGGUCUUCUUGUCUGUUGCAGAAGCUGUGGAUGAAUGCUCCACCAUCAAGAUUCUGACUACUAUUUAGAUGUUACUAUCCUCAGUGUUUCUGUAUAUCCCAAAAUAAAGAAAUAAGUUCUGCUUCUCCCUGCUCAUCUUGUGUGUGGUUUGGCCAUCUCCUGUAAAAUAUAACAGCGAGAUGAUUGUUUAGCAGUGGCUUGCCAUCUUUUUCGUACUAAGCUUGGUGUGUUAAAAGAUCUAAUAUUGUUAAUGUAAAACUUUAUGUGAAAUUCAUAGGCUUUGAUCGUUUUCAGCUAA